CGACGGAUGUGCUGAUGCGCUUUCCUGUUCACUGGGACUAGAAGGCAGCGACGCCCACAUGCUGGUGGCUGGAUGUCUGCGCGGACUGAACACCUUGGGAACCCUUGAUUCCUCCACCCCCCAUGCGGUAGCCUCUUACCGUACAGCAUGUUCCAACUAUCGCCAUUCAUUAUAGUCUUCGCCGCCCUCUUCCCAUCUUCGAUCGCCCAGUCUCCUCCCCCCACCUACGAUACCGUCCUCAGGUCGCCCAUUAACCCUAACAUCACCAUCUCCUACAAAACACCUGACCCUGCAACUUGCGUCACUGCCUUCUCCAAACAGAAGCAAUACACCGGCUAUGUUAACCUUCCUCCCUUCACCCUCGAGCCCUACCAGCAGAACUAUUCCAUCAAUACCUUCUUCUGGUUCUUCGAGGCUCGGGAGCAGCCUGACACGGCUCCCCUCACCAUCUGGCUGAAUGGCGGCCCCGGCAGUAGUAGCAUGAUUGGCCUCUUCCGAGAACUUGGGCCUUGCGAGGUCAUGCAAAUGAGCAAUGGCAGCUACGGGACACAGGCGAACAUGUGGGGCUGGGAUCGAAGCUCCAACAUACUGUUCAUCGACCAGCCUACUCAAACCGGCUUCUCCUACGACGACGCGGUGAACGGCACGCUCAAUGCCUACUGGUCCGAACUGACCAACGCGUCGCAGCCUGGCCCAGCGCCAUCCUGGCUCUCUUUCAACGGCACCUUCUCGUCUGGCCUCUCGUCCCACACCCAAAACACAAGCAUCAUCGCCGCAAGCGCAUCUUGGCACUUCCUCCAGGGCUUUCUGUCUGCUUUCCCUCAAUACAACCCCGGCACCCGCCCUAAUAGCACGACGGCGGAGACAACUGGGGUCAAUUUGUUCGCAGAGAGCUAUGGUGGGCAGUAUGGCCCGGCUUUCGCCAACCUUUUCGAAGCCCAGAACGCAAAACGGAUCCGUGGAGACAUCCCUCGGAACACCACCCUCGAAAUCAAGCUCACGUCAGUCGGCAUCAUCAAUGGAAUUGUUGACCUGCUUAUUCAGACCCCUUUCUGGCCGCGGUUCGCAUACAACAACACCUAUGGCAUCCGAGCUAUCGACCUCAUAACGCAGCAGAAUCUCAUCAGCUCAAUUAAUUCGCCUGCCGGAUGCAAGGAUCUCGUCGACCAAUGUCGUGCCAGCAUGCAGAGUGAUGACCCAGCCGGAGAGGGUGACGUUGAUGGAACGAAUCGCCUUUGCGAGAAUGCUAGCUACUCGUGCAAUGGAAUCUUGGGUCAGAUACUCACGGCCUCAAAGAGAAGCCCUUACGACAUUCGCGCUCUCGAGCCGUACUCUUUCCCGAGUUAUGCGUAUUUAGAGUACCUCAACAGUGCAGACGUUUUGCGGUCCAUCGGCGCCGGAGUCAACUACACGGAAAAUAGCAACGCUGUCUCCUCAGCUUUUUAUGAAACUGGUGACACUGUCCGUGGGACCCAGAUAGGCUCUCUAGCUAGUCUCCUUACCAUGGGUGUUCAUGUUGCAUUCAUCUAUGGUGACGCUGACUUGAUCUGUAAUUGGUUGGGAGGUGAAGCUGUUUCUCUCGAGGUCGCCAAAACGCUGCCUACUUAUAGUACGGCCUUCCCUAAUGCUGGAUAUGCCGACAUCAUUGUCAACAAUACAUAUGUUGGCGGACAAGUACGCCAGUACGACAACCUCUCAUUUUCACGGAUCUACGAUGCUGGACAUACUGUGCCUUCAUAUCAAGGCGAGACGGCCUUCACCGUUUUCACGCGAAUUAUCCAAUCAAAGGAUAUCGGGACCGGCAAUAGUAUCUCCUCAAACUUCUCAACUAAUGGGCCUUCCGUAGCGAAUCAUGGGAACAAAGCAUUCUCACAACAGCCACAAAACACGUGCUGGAUACGAGCGAUCAACGAUACCUGCAAUAGAGACCAGAUUAGCCAAAUCCUGCAAUCCAGCGGGGUAGUUAAGUACGGUGUCUGGUACGCCAAGGACAGCGAUUACACCACCCCAAGCACAGCCACAUCAAGCUUCCAGGCCGGUUCUACUACAACUUCUUCAAUCCCUUUAACAGGGGUUUACACAGCAACUGGGACGCCGAAACCUACCUCUGGGGCUUCAUCGCUUCACUUUUCGACGUCCCGAAUGUCAAUCAGGGGCCUCACACAACCCUGGUUCUCCUUCUUUGGUCCGCCUGACCGCGGGACUGAUAUUGCCGACCACAUGCCCUAUAAAAUCAAACACGCUGGCCAUGACCAUAAUCUUCGGUGGAUCAUACCCGCGGCAGCCGUCGGAGGGGGCUUUUUGUUGUGAGUUCCAUUCACACAUCGCGAACCCUGCAUCACCGUCCCCGUAUAAGUAUGCCCUUUCUUGUACAUAUUCACGCGUUCCAUGUGUUUCCUACACUUGAUACCCCGGUAGACUAAACAACAUGUAUUAUUCACAGUCUGCUACUUGCCGCCGCUGUGUUUGGACUGUGGCGUUUCUUCUAUAAUCGCAGAAAGGAACGUUGUCAUUCGCCUCUUCCGACCACUGGAUUGGCUGGUAUGAAAGACUGAGCAUGUGCACUCUACCAUCCCUGAGGCCGAGGGUAGUCUAUGAGAAGAAGGGGCGUCCUUGCGCUUGGAAUAGUCAUGGAGUUUGCGGGUUCGCUGCUUGGCUAGCUCUGGUGUUGGGCGUUUAAGAGGACGGAAGGGUUUAGUUGCUGUACUCUGUUUGUUUUAGAAUAGGAAUGGGG